CAAAAACAAUAACAAUAAUUCCUAUAGACCGUGUAACAACUUGCAGGCGGCUACAUUACAAUAAAUUGCCCCAGCAUGAUUAAACUGAUUGUCCAGUUGAAUAGAAAGAGCCACAAACCAAUAUGAAGAGGUACCCACUGGCGACACCUGCACCCACAUCCACACAUCUGUGCUUUGUUUUUGUUUUGCUUGUUGGUUGUCAAGACAACCUUUUGUUUGGACCUUCCGGUCCAAUUUUUGCACCGUUAUACAGUUUUUCCUACGCCCUCACAUAUCCCGGAGCCUAAAUCAGGAAACGUUUCCAGAUUUCUCAUAUUUCACAACCUAAAGCAAAAACGUACAAGUUUGAUUUAUGAACAUAAUCAACAUCAUCAAUGUGGAUCUGGCUAAAGGAAUCAUCGGGCCAAGGGAGAGCUUGCAUCAUAGACCUGUCUAAAACUACGCAUUUGAUAUGCUAAACUAAAGAUACAUAAAUGGAAACUAAACUGAACCUAAGCACCGACAUUGCCUUAAACCUCAAGAGGAUUAGAGAGAGAGAGAACGAAAGAGAGCUAACUAGUAGAGCAUAACUAACUAAGUAACUUAACUAACUUAACUAGUCAACGAAUUUUGCAACAAACAAAAAACGAAGAGGAACAAACCAAACGAAACUUAACGCCUUUAAAACCAACAAAACAAACAGAAAAAAAAAAGACAAAUUGCUAAGAAAUAUAUAUUUAUAUAUAUCAAAGAAAUUAAUCUACCAUCAUAUAGUCAUAGUCUAUAUAGAUCAAACGAAAGGAUAUACAAAAAAUUAGGCAAAUGAGCACACGCCUGGCGCCCCAACGUCAGUUUAUCAUCUCGACACGCUCUGCUGUGGCCGCCAAUGCCACAAUUGACACAGUUGUUGUGGAUGCCACUUCAAGGGACGAGGAGGAGCAUCAUCAGAGCUCCGAUAUCCUUACUGUGGAAGUGGAAAAUGCCCCCACAUCGCCACCCAGCAGCACCACCAACGCUGCCACCACCACCAACACAACACAUGCCGAGGAGUUUGAGUUCUGCACCGAAGAUGGUGUCGUUGUGGCAGCCACACUGGAGGAUGUUAUGACACAGAAUUCCCAGCUUUUGCAGAAGAAACUAAACAGCGCCGGGAUAAUCGAUGAUGAUAGCAGAACGGCCACAACAAGUGUAGUUGUCGCUGGAACCGGAGCUGGAGCAGAAGCAGUAGCAGCAGCCACACCAACAGCAAACACAACCGAACAGCAACUGGAGGUAAUACGUGUCGUCCUGCCCAUGGAUGCCGGUGAUUCCAGCAAUGAGGCGGCACACAUCCAUGGCCAUGUUGUCAACAGUAACAACAGCAAUGGUGCUGGCACCAUAACAACCACUGAAUCAGCCGGCACUGCCACCAUUCACACCAUGUCCAAUCUAAGUGCAAUCAAAGAUGGCGUCGAUCUGGCUCAACAAGUGGCCAAUGGCCAGGUGACUGUGGUCCAGACAGCGGAGGAUGAGGAUGGGACACCCUUUAUAACCGUAACGGUGUCCGGUCAGGAGCAGAACUAUCAAGUGCAAUAUGUGGACUCUGAUUUGUAUCACAGCAAUUCCAGUCAGACGCAAAUGACGUAUCCAUUUUGUCCGGUGGGAGAUUACCAGAGCAAUGGCCAGACUUACUAUUCGACAACAGCGACUGGCAACUAUGGGCCAACAACGACGACGACGACGGGCAAUACGCCGAAUGCCCACUCCACAACGCUGCCCUACCUGGUGCCCGUGGAGGAGGGCCUGCUGCUGAAUGGCUCCUCGCAGUCUCAUAGCCGAGACUCGCCGCACAGCCUGACGGUGAGUAGGGAGCGGGAGUGGGAGCCAUCUGACAUGCCAGUGACAUUGACUAACCCUUGGGAAACGCUGCAGCAUGAGGUUGCCUACAUACAGGAGGCACAGAGCACGCCCCAGACGCCCACCUCAACGACGACAACGAACUCGGCCAGCGGUGGCAGCCUGGGCACAGGCGGUGGAGGCGCUUCACCCGACUCUGAGCAGAGCGCCCUGGGCAGUAGCAACAAGAUUGCCUCGGCAACGAUCAAAUGGUUGUCACGCAACUACGAGACGGCAGACGGUGUGAGCUUGCCACGUUCCACUCUGUAUAAUCAUUAUAUGCAGCAUUGCAACGAACAGAAACUGGAGCCAGUGAAUGCAGCCAGCUUCGGGAAGCUGAUACGCUCUGUGUUCUCCGGCCUGCGCACACGUCGCCUGGGCACGCGCGGAAAUUCCAAAUACCAUUAUUAUGGCAUCCGCAUAAAGCCCGGCUCGCUGUUGAAUCAACAAUCAUCCAUGGAGGAUAAAUCGUUGCAUGGCCAUAACAGUUACGGCCCCUCCUCGGGCAGCUCGGGAACGAUUAUGAGUGUUAGCAGCAGCACUGCAGCAUCCAGCCAGCUGGGUGGCUCCUCCAAUGGCAGCAAUGGCAUGGUCUGUACCCCGAAUUCUCAUCGCAGCAGCAACAGCAGCAGCAGCACGACCGCCAAGAAGCACAGCUUUAAGCCAGAGACCUAUGAGGCAUGCAUUCAGUACAUUGGCGAUGGAACCAGCGCCUUGCCCUCAUUUCCGCCCAUCGAGCUUAGUCACAAUUUCAAUAGCGAACUAACUUUGGAGGAUGUGGACACAUUUCGUGCUUUAUAUCGUGAACAUUGUGAAUCAUUUUUGGAUGCUGUACUCAAUUUGGAAUUUGGCACUGUGGAAUUUCUAUUACGUGACUUUUGGCGUACCACGGAUAAUAAUAAUCUGGAUGAGUGCGAGGAGGAGAAAUACCUGAGCAAGGCGAAACUGUAUCUAUUGUGCCAUUGCGCAGAAGUGCAAAAAUUUGUGCGAGAGGUGGACUAUCAAUUCUAUCAAAAUACUGUCGAUGUCAUAAUACCCGAUGUGCUGCGCUCUAUACCAAAUGCUCUCACCCAGGCCAUACGCAACUUUGCCAAGAAUCUGGAAUUGUGGCUAUGCGAAAGUAUGCUGGGUGUACCCGAGCAAUUGGCACAAAUCAAGACAAGUGCUGUAUCGGCCUUCUGUCAGACAUUGCGACGUUAUACCUCUCUCAAUCAUUUGGCCCAAGCGGCACGGGCUGUACUUCAGAAUGGUGCACAAAUAUCACAAAUGCUAAGCGAUCUAAAUCGUGUGGACUUUCACAAUGUUCAAGAACAAGCUGCCUGGGUAAGCCAAUGUGCUCCGGCUGUGGUUCAGCGUCUAGAGAAUGACUUUAAGGCAGCCCUGCAACAGCAAAGCUCACUGGAACAAUGGGCCAGCUGGCUGCAAUUGGUUGUUGAAUCGGCCAUGGAGGAGUAUACUGGAAAACCAAGCUAUUCCCGAGCUGCCCGCCAAUUUCUAUUGAAAUGGAGUUUCUACAGUUCCAUGAUCAUCAGGGACUUAACAUUACGCUCUGCUUCUAGUUUUGGUAGCUUUCAUCUGAUACGUCUGCUAUUUGAUGAGUAUAUGUUCUAUCUGGUGGAGCAUAAAAUAGCCGAGGCACAGCAAAAGACAGCCAUUGCAGUUAUCUGUGAGCGUAUGAAGAAAGAAAUGGACUUUGAGUUCGAGUGCCAGUUCGCCUACAUUACGAAUGAAACAGAGCAGCAGACUGGCCGAAGUUCGAAUCCCGUCGAUGGCAGCAGUGGAAACGAGGCCAAACGUUUGAAACAAGAAUGAUGAGAAACAAGAAUGAUGAGCAUGAGAAUGGGAAGGGCGAGGAUGGUGAAAGGAUCCUACCGAUCCUACAGCUGCGCAGCUAUAUUAUUGAGUAUUCGUAGUAUUUUAUGUAGUCUGUAAUCUGUUUUUUCCGCAAACAUUUUUUGAUUUUUUGAACUUGCAUUUACUAGUCGAAGAAGAAAUAUCCCUGUGUUUAUAUGUAUGUUUGUAUGUGUACGUGUCUAAUGUGUGCGUGUGUGUGUGUGUUAGUUUAUUAGACGUUUAAGUUAGGUUUUAGGCAGACUCAUAAUUUUGUGUAUGAUUGCCCGCAUUCAAGUGAACAACCGUCCAAACAGCAAGUGUAACACCAUUAAUGGCCAGCCUUGUCUGUUCCGAUUGUGUAUGCAUAAUAUAUAUAUAAUUAUAUACAAACAUACAUACAUACAACAUACAUUUAUUUAGUUUAAGUAUAUGGAUGUGCAUUAGUAAUUGUAAUCUUAUCUGAAUAUAAAUGCUUUGUGUUUUUGUUUAUUUUUUAUAA